CUCGACUUUCUCCAAGUGACCAAAGAUCACGGCAACCAUGGCAAACGAGGUCGCAACACCUACCCUCAAAGAGGCUCUGAAGCAAGACAGGGCGCAGUUCGACGACUGCACGCCUUGCCGUGUUGUUGGCAGCGCAACGUUCGUCGGCCUCGGCGCAUUCACAUAUGUAUCCGGUCAUUCUCAGCUGAAAGCGCAAGAAGCCGUUAUAAGACAAAGCAAGAGCGUGUUUGGACUGGGGAGCAGGAGGGCGGCGAUUACAACAACAAGCGCGGUGUUUGUAGGAUUGGGCGUAUAUAGGUGGUUUGCGUGAAGUGCUAUACCCAGGUGGGGGACGAGAGCAAGAGGGUUGUAGGACUACGGUGUCGGUGGGGGGCCUCCAGCACUAUCACGGCGUUUGGCAGAUACCACGGUCAAUCAAUACCUACAUGCGAGCGAGCCGGACACGCCCGAAACGACAGACAGACAUACUGCAGUCUUCUCAAAUGUCCAAAAACACAAAGGGCAUCAUGCAGAUCCAUCAGGUUUGAUGUACCUGAAAUGGGCCCGACAAGACAUCUUUCAGGAUUUCUGCCCUUAGAGUUGCGUUGCAAAAGUCAAGCUAAAGCCGCAGCCCGGGAGGGUAGUCAGACUUCUGCCACCUCGGCGAUACAUUCGAAACAACACGGAAGCGAUACGUUAUAGUAUUAACAACUACUGAC